AUGCCAUCACGAACCACAAAGGAUGGUUCAUCAUCCACCAUCACCACAAAACCCUCUUCCUUCUCGUCCAUGAUGAUGAGUCGCUCACACAAAAGAUGGACUCUACGAUCGGUUCGAUUGCAUCAUUUAUUUACGGCCAUGUGGAUCAUGUCUCUUGGUUAUCAACUUUUCACUCUUUUGAAUUCUUCCAGUACUGAGAAUUUUCCUUCAUCGUCGUCAUCCGUUCAAAAUUACAAUCUUCCCACACUCGCACAGUUGUCAUCGGUUCACACAAGUAAUAACACGUUCGACUCUUCAUUCAUCAUUAAAGACCACUUUUCGGAGCAAGACAAGAUUCGAUCGGAACACUACUUUUUCGUAAUGGCUCAAUCCACCUCUACCCAAUGUUCAGAAAGUGUCACCAAUAAUACAGUCUACUGUUGCCCUCCUCCUUAUCAAAAGGAAGCGAGAAAAUCAAAAUUGACAGCAUUCUUGUUGUCCUUCUUUUUGGGAGUUUUAGGUGUUGAUCGAUUUUAUUUGGGAUUCUAUUUGAUGGGAGUUAUUAAAUUGUUGACUAUUGGAGGUUGUGGAGUUUGGUGGCUAUUGGAUUGGAUUCUCAUAUUGGCCAAUUCAGUGACCGAUGUACGAGGCUGCUCCAUGCGGGAUGACAUUUCUGCUCCAAUUUAA